AUGGCGUCCUCGCCGUCGGUCAAUGAGAGCGCAGGCAUGUGGAAUCUGGACAACGUCACUGCAAUUCUUGGGUGUACUACGGAUACGAUUCAACUGAGGUCCGGAGACGAAGACCAUACCAGCGAGGACACCGAUGAAGAUGACUUCCAAACAGAAAAGUCAGAGACAACCUACAAGACCUUCCGAGCCAGUGUACAGAAGGAGCUCCUCUGUUACUUCUCACCGUACUACCGUGCAGCACUCAAAGGUGGAUUCUCCGAAGCUGCAAGCAAAUCGGUUGUUCUGGAACUGGAUCCUAUGGUCUGCUGCAUGCUCGUUGGAUGGCUUUACAGCGGCAAACUGCCCAAGUGGAUUGAGUGGGCUCAGAUUUUGAGCCUGUAUGUCUUUGCUGACCGCACUGAUAUGCUCGCACUCCGCCGGGCCAUCAUGACGAGAAUCGUUCACUUUGAAGUUGGUGACCGCAUUCCACGCUUCGAGGUCGCUGCCAUAGCGCUUAACUCCCUACCCUCAACUUCACCACUGUAUCGCUGGCUCUUGGACGCCUACAUACACCACUGGAUGGCCGACUACGAAACACUUGACGACACGUUGCCGAACUGGUUUCUCGUGGAUUGGGUCAGAGGUGCAGCUGCUCGAAAGUGCGAAGUUACCGAGGAUGACUGUGGCAGAUGUCCCUGCUGUGAAUACAAUGCCUGCAACUACCACGAGCACGAAAACAUGGAAGAGUGGAAGUCCACAUGCUUCGCAGCAAAAGGCUGUAAGGCCAAGCGACCCGAUAACGCUUGUCUCGUGGUCAACUCCAGUUCCAAAAGCAUGGACCAAAGAUAG